GCCAUAUCAGGAAGAGAAGAACUCCUUAAAGCAAUCCUCGCGUCUGUUAGCAGUAACAAGCGGACAUCAUCGCGUACUCAAGUUCUUCAAGGAUUGCUGGAUUGUUGGCAAUCACCAUUGGAUAUUGAGAAGGGUGCGAAUGAAACUGCGAGAUUGUACGCGGAUUUGAUAUGGAGAACUCUGUGUCUUGAGACGGCCUACCAUGCUGCAGCCAUGGAAAAACCUUCUGUUGAUUUCAUGCUCUGCUUCUGGCAGUUAACCACCGAGGCUUGCAGGCAUGUCUCUUCUAUCUUGGAGGAUCACUUUGAAGGCUUAAAUUCAAAUUUCUUGAGCGUUCAACACCUCACCGAACAGGCAAUGAAGCUUAUUUCCUUGUCUGCAGGAGCUCUUCUAAGUUUAAUGGAAUCUCAGCCACUAUUGCCUGUCAAAGAAAUCGCCCAGCUGAUCCAAGAAUCAUUCAGAAUGAUGAAGUCAUCGUUUUUUUCCGUGAAG